AUGGACGAUGAGCCAGACGAAUCGCCAUCAAGAAUUGCUCGUUCGCGAUCAUGUGAACCUCCUGGGUCAUCUUCACGAAGUCGUGAAUCUCGGGGAUCCUUGUGGAUGUCCAUGGGUGUACAUGUCGAAAAUUCCAGAAGACGUCGAAUGUCCAAGGCGAGGCGGGAGUCGCAGAGCAUCGAACUAUCUUCACUCGCCCCCGGUACCAGAGUCAUGUUCCUUUUGAAGGAGAAGGAGAACACCCCAGCCCUGUUCACGGAAAUGGGAGAACUGAACAAUGACGAAUGGAGAGAAACAGCGAGAUGGGUGAAGUUCGAAGAAGACGUCGAACAAGGAGGAAACCGAUGGUCAAAGCCCCACGUGGCUACCUUGUCACUUCAUUCAUUGUUCCAGUUGAGAAGUUGUAUUAUGAAUGGACUGUUCUUGAAUGAUUUAUCCGAAACCGAUAUACCAUCUAUUUUUAGUAAGUUUCAACGCUGUUAUUUAUUUCCAAAAUCUUUAUAUUAUUCUUCAGAUGCUGUCAUUGAAAACUUGGUCAAAAGUGGAGAUUUGCCUGCCGAAAAUCGAGAGGAACUUCGUGAAAUUCUUCUUCGAAAGCACGUUCAUCAAUACGAGCAAGCAAAGAAGAAUGGUGCUGGUGGAGAAAAGGGUGGAUUCCUCAGUACAGUACGAUCCAUAUCUGAUAUUGGAAAAUCAUUCUCACAUGGAAAGAAUCUCUCGAAAAUCGAAGAAAAACCAGAAGGGCCAGUUACUUCACAGACAGCAGGAGCUCCUUCUGGAUCAUCGAAUCAACUAACACUUCCAACGGUGGAAUCAGUGCCAAAGGAUAUCUCAAAUGAGGAGGCCUCAAAAGGAAAUCUUCAUUUCUUGAAAAAACUGCCUGUUGGUGUGGAGGCUAGCAAUGUUCUGAUAGGAGAAGUUGAUUUCCUCACCCGUCAUAUUUGCUGUUUCAUUCGUCUGAAGAACGCUAAUCAGCUAGGAGAUUUGACAGAAGUCCCUGUUCCAACACGUUUCAUCUUCUUGCUUCUGGGACCCACUGGUCAUGGACAGCAAUACAGAGAAAUUGGUAGAGCCAUCGCCACACUCAUGGCUGAUGAAAUCUUCCACGAUGUCGCUUACGGUGCCCGUGAUGUUGACGAUCUUUUGGAUGGAAUUGACGAGUUCUUGGAUCAAGUCACGGUGCUGCCACCUGGAGAAUGGGAUCCUAACAUUCGAAUCGAACCACCAACGAAGCUUCCGUCUCAAGAAAAGAGAAAACAAAUUGGCAAAGAGCUUCUUGUUGAACCAUCCUCUCAUAAACCAGCAAAGAAGGUUAUCGAGGAAGAAGAAAUACAUUCCCAUGGAGACGAUCCAGCCUUGAAACGAACUGGAAAACUGUUUGGAGGUCUCAUUCUGGAUAUCAAAAGAAAAGCUCCUCAUUUUGUAUCUGACUUCACUGAUGCAUUCAAUCUACAAUGUCUGGCUUCGAUCUGUUUCAUGUACUUCGGAUUGUUAGCACCGAUUGUAACUUUUGGAGGAUUACUCGAAGAAGCAACUCAUCAAAGAAUGGCAGCCAUGGAGAACUUGUUCGGAGGAGCUCUCUGUGGUGUCAUUUACCAUUUUUUCGCUGGUCAACCUCUCACUAUUGUUGGAUCUACUGGACCUGUUCUUGUCUUCGAGACCAUUGUGUAUGACUUCUGCCAUCGCUUCGGCAUCCAAUACUUGAGUUUCCGAUUCUGGGUUCACGUGUGGACAGCAUUGAUCAUUCUUAUUAUGGUCAUCACCGAUGCAUCUUCUCUGGUAUCGUUCAUCACUCGUUUCACUGAAGAAUCGUUCGCCACUUUGAUUGCUGUUAUUUUCAUUUAUGAAGCAAUUAUGAAGUUGGUUAAGAUCAAAGGUCAACUAGACAUGAUUAACUACUCGCGCGAUUAUGUUGAAGGCGGAUUCUGUUCGUGUGUAGCUCCAUUAAAAAAAGCCACUGUCUCAGUGGAACAUGCGAAACUCAUUAUCAAGGACCUCGGCCUUCCAAUUCCAUUCAAUGAAACUACCAUUGAUUACUCAGCCGCGAAUCUCACUGAUUGUCGCACAAUUGGCGGAGAUUUCGAUGGAACCACUUGCUUCCCACUCUAUGACAAACUCCUCAUGUCGAUUUUACUAACUGUCGGUACCUUCUUUUUGGCCACAACUCUGAAGAAGAUGCGCAACUCUUGUUAUUUCCCAUCUCGUGUCCGACAACUUCUUUCCGAUUUCGCUGUUAUGAUUGCUAUCGUCACCAUGACCAUGGUAGAUAUUUCAGUUGGAGUGAACACCCCGAAAUUGAAUGUUCCAAGUACUUUCCGACCAACCUGGGAAGGACGCGGAUGGUUCAUUUAUCCAUUUGAUGGAAAUGAAUGGUGGACUGCUCCUCUUGCUCUUCUUCCGGCCCUCCUCGCCUGCAUUCUCAUUUUUAUGGACCAACAAAUCACAACUGUUAUCGUGAACCGUAAAGAAAACAAGUUGAAGAAAGGAUGCGGUUACCAUCUCGAUUUACUCGUUCUUUCCGUCUCAAUCCUCAUGGUCGGAUUCUUAGGUCUACCUAUCUAUGUUGCUGCUACAGUACUUUCUAUCAAUCACAUCAACUCUUUGAAAGUGGAAUCUGAAUGCAAAGCACCAGGAGAAGUCGCACAGUUUGUGGGAGUUCGUGAGCAGCGUGUCACUGGAAUCGUCACUUUCCUCAUCAUUGGACUCUCUGUCUUGGCUACUAACAUCCUUGGACGAAUUCCUAUGCCAGUACUGUAUGGUGUCUUCCUCUACAUGGGUAUUUCUGCUCUCGGUGGAAUUCAAUUGUUUGAUCGUACUCUUUUACUCUUCAUGCCAAUGAAAUAUCAACCGGAUACCAUUUACAUUCGCCACGUGCCCAUCAAAAAGAUUCAUUUGUUCACUGCAUUCCAAAUCGGUUGCCUUGCUCUUCUUUGGGUGAUCAAAUCCAUCAAGUCGACAUCGAUUCUUUUCCCGAUUAUGCUCGUUGUGAUGGUUGCUAUCCGAAAGAUGAUGGAGAAAGCUUUCACUACAACCGACCUCAAGUACCUUGAUGACCCAAUGCCUGAUUUCCACCUUAGAAAGAAAGAAGAUGCAAAGAGAAGACAGAGCGAGGGAGAGGCUGUCGAAAUAGAAUUCGACAACGAGAACCAGGCAACAAUACAUGCUGUCAAGACUGAAGCUCAUCUUCAUAUCCCAAUGGCUUCUGGAAAUGUAAUCAAGAUUCCACUCGCUGCUAUUCAAGAGCCAUCUCAUUCUAUCAACCUUACCAAAGAAGUGAACAACAGUGGAAUGUGGAAGCAUAUAUCAUCUGCAGAUUCGAAGAAUUCACUUGUCAGAGAUGUACCAGCUUCAUCUGAACCUACUACAAGCAGAGAUGCGCCGAUUGAACAACCAGAAGAUGACGAUGAUCCGAUUAUGAUCAAGGUUGUGAUUCGUCCAUCUCCGCACACAUCCACAUCAAAUCUCACAGAAAAUACCCCCCUCCUAAAGGAAGAACCAAAGGAGUCGUCCACUAACCCCGAUGAGCCAAAAGUAUGA